UGAGUUGAGCGGGAGCUGUACUGAUUGAAGUCUCGUGGAAACAAAUGUGCUGUUGCAUUGAAAGAAUGUGCAGUCUUUUCUGCAGUGAGUUGCCUCUUGGCUGACCUUGGGACAAAGUUACUUUUCCAUUGAGUGCUGGAUCACCAUUUAUAUUGAAACUCUGUUAAGCAAGAAGAAGAGGAAGUCGAAGAUGCCACCACCGACAUCCCCGCAGGAGUUUGUGCCCCCGGACGGUGGCUGGGGAUGGGCCGUGGUUGUCGGAUCUUUCAUUGCAAUUGGAUUUUCCUACGCAUUUCCGAAAGCCAUCACCGUGUACUUCAAGGAGAUUCAGACGAUCUUUGGUGCCUCGUACAGCCAGAUUGCAUGGAUCUCCUCCCUGACGCUUGCUGUAAUGUAUGCCGGAGGGCCCAUCAGCAGUAUCCUGGUCAACAAGUAUGGAUGUCGUCCAGUGAUGAUGGGGGGAGGAGUAUUAUGUUCAAUUGGAAUGAUAGCUGCUUCGUUUUGCAAUAGCGUUCUCGGGCUUUUUAUGUGCGUGGGAUGCAUCACAGGUCUUGGAUUGGCUUUCAAUCUUCAACCAGCCUUAACAAUGAUUGGGAAGUAUUUCUACAAGAAACGCCCCAUUGCGAAUGGAAUCGCAAUGGCUGGUAGCCCAGUGUUCCUGAGCACUUUUGCACCUCUGAAUCAGUACUUGGUCAAUGUCUUUGGUUGGAGAGGCAGUUUCAUUAUCCUGGCUGGAAUGCUCUUGAACUGCUGUGUGGCGGGAUCCUUAAUGAGGCCCCUAAAACCCACAAAAUCCACAGUGGUGAUAGACGCACAGGUUACUACUCCAAUGAAGGACGAGAGCAAAGAUGUGGGAGAUGGACUGCAGCAGGUAGAGAAAAAGCAAACGAUCUUUGCAAUGCUUGACCAGCAACUAGACCUCAGCCUCUUCAAGCAUCGGGGGUUUCUGAUCUAUCUAUCGGGCAACGUCAUCAUGUUUUUUGGCUUCUUUUCUCCAAUUGUAUUUUUGGCUCCUUACGCCAAGCACAUGGGAAUAGAUGAGUAUUCUGCCGCAUUCCUGCUUUCCAUUCUAGCUUUUGUAGACAUGUUCGCCAGGCCCAGCAUGGGGCUGCUUGCAAACUCCAAAUGGGUCAGACCAAAGAUCCAAUACUUCUUCAGUUUUGCCGUCUUCUACAAUGGCUUCUGUCACGUCAUGUGCCCGUUUGCGACUGACUAUACAGGCCUUGUGAUCUAUGCAAUCUUCUUUGGGUUAGCCUUCGGAAUGGUGAGCGCCGUUCUUUUCGAAACGCUGAUGGACCUGGUUGGUGCCAAGAGGUUCUCAAGUGCCGUGGGACUUGUCACCAUUGUAGAGUGCUGCCCUGUUCUUCUGGGACCUCCACUGGCAGGAUGGCUGGUGGAUGUAACACAAGAUUACAGGUACUUGUACCAGGUGUGUGGAUGCAUUGUGAUUCUAGCGAGCGUCUAUUUAGUUAUUGGAAAUGCCAUCAACUACCAUUUGCUGGCAAAGGAAAAGAAGCUGGAGGAGGAGGCAAUGAAAGCAUCUCCGGAUGAUGCAGAACUAAAAGAUGUCUGUGAGAACGCGCCUAGCAGUGAUGCUGACGAUAUUGAAAUCAAUCCCCAGAUGCUGCUGGCUAAUUCCUCUGAGAAAGAAACUAAUGUCUAAUCUAACCCACUGAUCUGCUGUUUCUUUUCUCCCAGUGUUCACUUGAAAUUGCGUGUCAAGAGUAUGUCAGUCUCUAGGUAGGUAUAAAUCCAGGGCUCUAACAGGGGGUCAGUAUUUUCAGCUGCAGAUCAUUUACUAAUCCUUGGGGUGUGAAGGAUAACCCUUCCGAGUCCCAGGAAUCACCCAAAUUUAAAGUUGUGGUCAUAGAUAUUUCUGCGUCUCUUUGAACUGUUAUUGCUCUACGCUGCGGUUUGGCAGGGAGGUAAAGUAUUCCGAAACGGUCAGUGUGCAAGAGGGGAAUAUCUCCAACAUGUUCCAUUCAAACGAUCAUCUGCUAUUAUGCUGACAAUUUUCAAUCCGCACCGUUUUUGUUGCUGAUGGGCAAUUUUCAGAGAGUGGCAGCAAAAACACUGAAGGCAGGAGUUCAUUUCUGACUGAGCACAACUUGAUGUUACUGUGCACUAUUUUUUUUUGUAUAUGCAAUCCAAGGUAUCUGUGCUAGGAACUGUGCAAAUUAACAUAACAGCGAACCGCAGCUGCAGACUGCAGACUGCAGAGAGCAUGCAAGUGUGUCGGCAGUGCACGCUAAAUGCGGAAGAGGGCACUAGACUGAGAAUAAUCAAAGAUUAGCUGCCAUGCUUCUUCAUGAGGAGAUGACUCUUGCUAAUCAAGCCUCUAGGGACUUGACUACAGCCUUUCAUUAAGUUUGACUUUCAGGAAACCUAAUGAAGAGCAAAAGGCUCUUGCCAGUACAAGUCUCUCGUUCUGAGAUUAAAUAGAUUAAAGCCCGGUAAACAAACCAAAUUGAGCCAUGCCACUCAAAACAAAAGACUAACUAAAUGGAAGAGGGAGCUUGAGGGACAGAGGCUCCGAAGCCUAGAUUUUCUAAUCAAUGUUGAUUUAGCAACAGCAGUGACCCAUUUAUUUUUUUUAAAUAAUGUCAAUUGGAAAAUCUAAGCUUUAUUCAUUUUCAAGUGAAAUCAAUGCUGAAUUAAUCAUAGGGUUUUGAAGAUCCUCAGUGAAAAUGUAUUGAGGAAUGACCAUCCAAUUUUUCAGUGUCAUUCAACUCCAGGUCAACACCACCUCGUAGUUUAACACCAGUUGACUUAUCAUCAAAUCUUGUUUGAUGACCAUCUGUGGGAUAUUUGGCUAAGUUUCUUUUUAAAAAUGCUAGAAAUUGGCAAACGCCCAUAAUAAAUCGCCAUAGGUUUGUCGAUAAAUAUGGACGAAGGCCUCUGGUGCUCUCCUUAGAUCAUCGCUGAAGCAUUUUAUAAACUAUAGUUACUGUUGCCAAUUCCGACCUGUGGCUACUAACCAUAGGUACUGGGUGCCCUACAGCUAACAUAUUCCAUUUCCUUGUACCAAAGCCUCUUACCCUUCACCAAAAACGUCUCGCAAGUAAAAUUAGCGUGUUGUCUAAGUUGAUUGUAUUAUAAUUCAAUUAAAUGAAUAUCAGGGCCAUUAGUUUUGGAAUUAAUUAAGGCUUAUUAUUUGUAUUUAAAUUUUAUAUUGUAAUAUUUUCAAGACACAGGACUAAAUUUUACAAUUCAUUUAACCAAUAGCAAUUUUGUGGGAUAAUUGUAUGCACUCUUGAGAAAAUAAAUAGUGAAUGACAUAACCGGAAAUCCUCAUCGUAGAGUAAGUUUAGCUUAGUGGGUGUAAGAAGUGUUAACAAAUUAAUUUGGUGCAUCUUCCUUUUGAUUUCCAAACCUUUGUGAGUGGGGAAGUAUUUGCACUUUCUGAACAGCAAUAAAACAGUUUGAUGACCAUGGUAUCACCACCGUUAUUAACCUUAUGCACUGCUUUGUGAUUAUAGCAAGACAAUGAGCACCAUUAACCUUGGGCACUUUCUAAAUUUAACACUAUCCCCAUCAUAGCCUGCACAGUGCCUGCAGAAUUUGGAAGUUCAUCUGACUGAGAUCAAUUGAUCUUGGUUUCUUCUACCACAUAAGGACGCACCAUGAGGGAGAAUCUUUCCAGUUAAUACCAAAGGGGUCGGUGGAAUAUUGGUAUUAUCCUGCCCACUAUUCCCUCUGAUUGACCACAUUUGGGGUGAGGCACAGAGCCAGCAUUGCGUCUGAUCCCAGUACUUAGGCUAAAAUGCAUCUGUAUGUCAGAGAAGCAGAUUUACUGUUCGAAACCGGCAUCUAAAGGCAAGAGUGUACAGGUUUAAGUUGAGGGGAAGGAGUUUUAAAGGUGGUCUGAAGGGUGAGGUUUUUUUGUUACAUAGAGAGUGUUUAGAGAUACAGUGCGGAAACAAGCACUUCGGCUGACCAAGUCCGCGCAGACCAGCGAUACCCGCACACUAGCACUAUCCUACACACUAGGGACAAUUUACCAUUUUCACCAAAGCCGUCGUUCAAGUAUGAGAGGAAACUGGAGCACCCGGAGAAAACCCACGCAGUCACGGGGAAAAUGUACAAACUCCGUACAGACAGAACCCGCAGUCAGAUCGAACCCGGGUCUCUUGCGCUGUAAGGUAGCAACACUACCGCUGCGCAACCGUGUCGCCUUUUAAGGUGAGGCAUAAAGCCAACAUUGCGUCGGAUCUCAACAUUUAGGCUAAAACUCAUCUGAAUGUCGGUAAAGUUCCAAACCAAUAUCACAAAGCAAGAGGGUACAGGUUAAAGCUGAGGAGAGGAAGGUUUAAAGGUAGUCUGAAGGGAAAGUUUUUUUUUAACAGAGCGUGGGUGAUCUCAGGAAUGCACUGCCGGAGGAGGUGUUACCUGGCAAACUGUUAUAUGUAAAAGGCAUUUUGAUAGAUACGUAAAUAGGCAUGGAAUAGAAGGGUAUGGUCCUUCUAUGCAGGCAAAUGGGAUUACUGUAGAGGACCGUAAGGUGGGCACGGUUGUGCUGGGCUGAAGGGCCUGUUUCUCUACUGUAGAAAUCUAUGACUAUAUGACUCUAAUCACAUAUCACUUUUCAACUUCAAGAACUAUGUACAUAUUUGAAGGUAAGGUCAAAAUGGAGUAAAUGUUAAAUGUAAUCAUUAUCUAUCAGAUAUCAUUGAUGGAGAUUUUUUAGUGCAAUAGUUACAUUAUUAGAUAGAAAUGAAAAGAUUUGGAGACUUGACUUGAAAUUCUUCCAUGCCGCUUUGGAAUUUUAAUUGUUAAAUAUGUCAUAUGCCAUAAAAAGCCAAUAUCAAUAA